AUGGGGCGUUUCCAUCCAGUCUACAUCCGACGCUCGGAUGGCAUGCUGGAGACAGCCACAAAGACGGGUGCCAGAAUCGUCAAAGAGGCCAACAAGCCCACGCCUAAGCAGCUGGACGACAAACCUAAACCAGAUGGAGUCAAGGAUUACUAUCGCGAAGUCGCCAUCGACGAGUCCAAGCACAUGGACUGGAGAAGAAAGCUUGCUGCAAUGCUUGCUCGCGACCUCAAUCUCGACAUGGCCCACUUUCCCGAGAACUACCGACUUUUCGAACACGUCAAGACAGCAAAGAAGGAAGAAGGAGCACCCAAGACAAAGACGCAUGCUGGAGGUGGUAACGAGCGUCAAGAUGCCUACCUGUACGGCCACCCUCUCGGGCGCAAGAAGCGCUUCAGAAGUCCCGGUGAUUUCUACCCACAUCUGCUCUGGCUGGCCACCGACCCUGACGGCGACUCGGAUAAUUGCGCUUGCAAGAUCUGCUGUCCUGAGGAGCUCGACGCUUCCAUGAAAGAGAAGGACACAAACACGAACCCGCUUCUCGCUCGUCGGCCCUCUAACCAGACNCAAACCUUCCAAUACGCCCACCCCGCUACUCAGUCUUCGACUCCCGCCGUCGUUACCGCUCGUAACGAUGCUACGCUGACUUCACGCACUCCACAACCCGUGGCAGCUACUGCCCAUGCCCUCGCUGCCGCACAAGCUGCUUCACGGACCCCACUCAAACCCGAGGACUAUGACAUUGAUCGCCAAUAUGGCGUCUUCCUGUUUCGCCAAGGCGAGAUGGUCUGGUUUGACCGUCAAGGCGCAUGGGGUCUGGGUGUCAUCGUCGAGAGGACCAAGGUCGGCAACAAUUCCAACUACAGGGUGCAGCCUCUCUCCUUCCCCGAUCAUCCAACGCAAUCAGUCACAAUCACAAGAGACCGCGACCUUCGUCCAUGGCUGGCAUGGUCGGUUCCUCCAUACACCCACCAAGCUCUGAACCAAGUGACGCAUCCACUGCACUAUAGCACUUUCGAUUUUGCAGCCUUGGCUCAAGGAAAGUACGGCCCGGGCACUACUGAGAUCGAUGCUAGUAUCAUGGCUGCAAAGGCUAUCGACGCCACAUAUACUCCCUUCUGUCCUUCAUCACGCUCUGAAACUCAAUCAUACACAGAGAUUCGCUGGGAUGCCAUCUACCUAGGAGCUGAGAAGAUCUGGGUCAACGAGCCUGUUCGCUUGGCUGCUCCUGCAGGACAAGAAGCGCCUCGCGUCCUCAUCGUCAGAGCCAUUGUCGAACGUUCUCAAAAGUCUUCACAGCAAGCUUAUUCCUCGGUCUCCUUCAUAGGAGAUGUCUACGUCAUGUUGCCAGCACCAAUGGAACCCAUCACCAUGAGCCGCGCUCCCAACGGCAUAGUCUCUGGUUCUGAUACGACUAAUGUCCCACUGCGUUUGCUGGAAGACAUACGUCGUCGCAACAUUGCCACUAUCCAAGCAAAGGGCAAGGCUUACCAGUGGAAGCUCCUCGAACGGAACAAAGUCGUGGACCUGAAGGAAGUCAAAGGCAGAUGGUAUGAGUCUACCUUAUUCCUUCCGAUUCUCCUACCGCGCCAAGCAGAGGAAUACGAAGAACGUGUCAGAGAAGGCGUGAUCCCUGAAGUUUUGGUUCUGAUGAAUGGUCACGGCGACUGCAACAAAGAUCCUAAUGACCACAGACGACUGCUUCCAGACGUACGGGCGGCCACACGCGAACAGGCGUGGGGCAAAGCCGUACCAGCUCGCACUAUCCUUCAAGAUAGCUCAAAUCGACAUGUUGCGACACAGCCGCCUGGUCCAGCACAGCAGCAGCAACAAUCACGCGUUGUCAGUGGUGGUGGUGGUGUAGCACCCGGCUACCAGAUUCCUAACGGACAUCAGAAUCACGCGAGUGUUGCAGCUGCGAGUAAUAAUGCAUCGACAUCUGCUUCAGCCGCACCUUCGGCUCAGCAGAUAUCAGACAACCCAGCAACCGGUUUCGAAGAGUUCAUGGACUUGGACGGUCUUGGUGGCGCCGACAUGAUGGGUGGCUUUGACCAAUCUUAUGUUUGA